AGGAGGCUGCCGCCGGGGCCGGCGCCGGAGUCCAGUAUUUGGCCUGUGGUGCUGACCGAGUGCUGGACCUGCAGUGGUCCCGAGUACCCCGGCUGCGCGCGUGCCGGCUGCUCAGAGAACCCGCGGCCAAGGCGCAGGCGGCAGCAGGAGCCGGUGUGGUGGGCGGAGGCAAGCCAGGAGGGCGCGGGCGCCCGGAGCGCGGAGCAGGCGGAGGCGGCCGGGGGCCGGGACGCCAUGUCCAUGGAGGACCCCUUCUUUGUGGUAAAAGGAGAGGUACAAAAAGCAGUCAACACUGCCCAGGGAUUGUUUCAGAGAUGGACAGAGCUUCUCCAGGACCCCUCCACAGCAACAAGGGAAGAAAUCGACUGGACCACCAACGAGCUGAGAAACAACCUCCGCAGCAUAGAGUGGGAUCUAGAGGACCUUGACGAAACCAUCAGCAUAGUUGAAGCAAAUCCUCGAAAAUUCAACCUCGAUGCAACUGAAUUAAGUAUAAGAAAAGCCUUCAUUACAAGUACUCGGCAAGUUGUCAGGGACAUGAAAGAUCAGAUGUCAACUUCAUCUGUGCAGGCCUUAGCUGAAAGAAAAAAUAGACAGGCACUGCUGGGAGACAGUGGCAGCCAGAACUGGAACACUGGAACAGCAGAUAAAUAUGGGCGCCUGGAUCGAGAGCUCCAGUUAGCCAAUUCCCAUUUCAUCGAGGAGCAGCAAGCACAGCAACAGUUGAUCGUGGAACAGCAGGAUGAGCAGUUGGAGCUGGUCUCUGGCAGCAUCGGGGUGCUGAAGAACAUGUCCCAGCGCAUUGGAGGGGAGCUGGAGGAGCAGGCAGUUAUGUUGGAUGAUUUCUCUCAUGAGUUGGAGAGCACUCAGUCUCGACUGGACAAUGUGAUGAAGAAACUUGCAAAAGUGUCUCACAUGACCAGUGAUCGGCGCCAGUGGUGUGCCAUAGCCAUCCUCUUUGCAGUCCUGUUGAUCGUCCUGAUCCUCUUCUUAGUGCUGUGAUGGUGUGGCCUGAGGGUGCAAGUUCCUCCUGCACGUGAACCAAGGGGAGGAGAAGCGAGCACAUGCGACGUUGCUGUCUACUCACAUUCCUCUCCUGGAAACAUAUCGCUGCACUGACUUUUCUCUGUAUGACCCCACAAUUGAGACAGCUCCUCCGUCCCAGCGCUGGAAGGGCCAGUGGGAAGAGGAAAUAGACGACUGCACUCGUGGUGCUGGCUGGAUGACAAAUGCCCCGUGCCGCCUGUCCUGUUCUGAGGUGCUGGCUGGAUGACAAAUGCCCCGUGCCGCCUGUCCUGUUCUGAGGACAACUAGCCACUGCUUUGCCUCCAUGGACCUUGUUCCCUGAGGAGGGACUCUGAAUAAUCCAGAAAAAUUAGCAGAUUCCACUAGUGUUUUGCUGUGCUCAUUCCAUGCAUCCUUGGCAGCUGUUUUCUUCUGCUCAGACCCUUCCCCUGCUCAGGCAGUGCACUGCUGUCCCAUCAAAAGAAACCUGUCGGGAACGCGAGCUUCUGCUAACUUUUGAAUUGCACUUUUUAAUAAAUAUUUGUAACAAUUUUUUUAAAGAAGGAUAUUUUAUCUGAUUUGGGAUCAUGGUAGGUAGGAAAAUCUGCCUGUUGAUGGAAGUUAAAAGCAAAUUUAUAAAACUAAAAGGGUGGUUGACAUCCAUGUUUACACUCAGCUCUAAUGUUUGAUAUAUAAAUAAGUUAUUUCUUUUCAAAUUAGGGAAAAAAGUGAAUAUUACAAAGGGCUUCAGGUAUAGGAUACUAGGUUAUUUAUGUUUUACCAAGUUUUAAGACUUAUUCAGAUAAUCUUCUGUAAGCUUAGAAUGGGGGUGGUCCUUAGAUUUGCAUUAAAAUGUAGACAUCUUUUCUUAAAAAUAAAUCUGGACCUUGUCUAAGUAUUGUAAACUACACACCACAUUAUAAGACUACCCUAUUUAAAAGCCAUGCUAUCAUUCUGCUAUUACUAGAUUUACUGUGCUACACAUAAAGAUGAUGUAUGUCAGUAGGGCCUGUUUGGAACAUACCUGGUCUUUAAUGAAUAAGAUACUCCUAUUCGUUAGGGGACCAAGUUUUGUGACCCUGAGGCUUAAUUAUGUUUAGAUAUAUUUCAGAUCAGCAUGGGGACCCCACUGCUUGAAGGUUUAGCUAAACAGUGGCUAUUGUAGAGCUGUCUGAGGCUGAAGCUGGAUAAGGAACAAUUUAGAAAGAGAAAAUCUACUUAAAUGCAGAUAUUCUCUGUGUCUCCAUGCACUCCUGCCCCAGGCUGACAUGAUCCUGGGUCUGACCCUGUUGUGUCCUGACUGGGCAGUCACUGUGGGACCACUGUUCAUUUGAAGGGCCUUCACUCAGGCUCCAAAUGGUGGCAGCCAAAGAGAACAAGCCAGGGACUUAGAUUUAUUUUUAAGGACAAAUAUUUCCUUCUCAGUGAUCUUAUGUUACCGAGCUUUAGAGGGAGCCCAAGUGGUCCCCUCACCCGUGUCCUAGAUGGGGAGAGUAAGUGGACAUCAGUGGUGCCCCACAUUACUUACAAGCGCGUCCUUGUAGCACUUGGGGCUUUUUUCCCUUCGGGCUUCUGUACCUAGUACCAUAUUCCAGUUUUAAAGCACUGGCAGAAUGUGAUGGAUAACAGAGAAAGAGCUCACUUUAUGUUUAUUGAAAGAACAUUUUACUUAAAUGAUUUGGGAGGUAGGAUGGGGAAUGAACUAUUGAGAGAGUUUGUCAUAAUAUAAAUCCAACUGGAGAACUAAAGUAUCUUUAGGUUUUAGUCCUAAUUUUUGGUCUUGUCUCUGCGGACUGUGAAGAAUCACAAUGCCAUGUAUGCCUGGUCUGUGUGGCAAUCGGAAGUUGCAGCGUGUGUGUGCUACAUGAGGAUCUUCCACAGUUUCAGAAUGCACGCCUGAGCUGAAGGGGAGAAAUUGGUAACUUGCCCAUUAUUCUCUGCUUUUAGCCAGAGUUAAACAGACUGAUGGGUCUGGUAGCCAACAACUUGGCAACUUCCACUCCUUCUCACCUCGUGAGAUUAGGGGCUGUGAAAAGAAAUCUAGUCUAACUCCAACAGAAAUCUGUCUCUGUGAAGUGUUUUACCUUCUGUAAGUAGAGGUGGUAGAGCCAAGAUUUUUCUUUUGGUAAUUUCCCUGGCUGUAAAGCGAGACCAGAGGGUUAUCUAUUCCCUUUCACCUUUUUGAAGAAUUCAUAGCAUUUGAAGAUCGAAAAAUUGAAAUGGUAAAUAUGAGUUGCUUUUCAACUCUGUGGACUUUGUACCGUUUGGCUUUACCAUGUACCAUGAGAUGAAUUUGUAAACAAAACAAAAUUGGACUGUCUGGAAAACUAAAAUGGUAAAAUAUGGAAUGUACUGCCUUUAAUUUUCCCUCUUUGUCUUCUUCUCACUCACAUUUUUUCUCUCCCAGGUUUUUUAAGAAGACUUUUUUUUUAAGGAAUGAUUUUUGCCUAUCACAAGUAGAAGGAGGUAAAACCAAAGGAUU